AAUUCAAUGCGGUGACAGAAACAGUACGGGCAAGACGUGCGCGAAAACCAAUUUAUGUCAUUCCAAAUUAAAAUGCGAACAUUUUAAAAUAAAUAUCCUUAUUAAUACUUUUAAUUAAGAUUAAUUAAAAUGAGCGUUUCGAGCUUAUGAAGUGCAAAUUAAGAAAAACUGGACUUGUUAAGUGUUAAAUAAUUAAGUAAUAUGGAUGAAGCAUUCGCUCACCUCGAAGGUACGGAGACCAGACACAGCAAGAAGGAACUCCUGCCUCCUGAUGGAGGUUGGGGCUAUCUUGUUUGCAUCGGCGUAGGAUUUACUUUUAUGCUGGGAUUCGGUUCAUCAAAUGCUUUCGGAAUUUUAUUCAAUGAUUUCUUUAUAGAACAAGACGGCGCCAGCGGCCUUCCUUUGGUUAUAGGAGUGUAUAAUGGAGCUCUAUCUAUAUCAGGUUUCCUGAGCGGCAUUGCGUUGAAAAAAUAUUCCUUUCGACAAGUUGGUUUACUCGGCGCUGGGUUGUUCAUAUUGGGCGAUGUUCUUACCAUAUUUGUUACCAGAACAUAUCAAUUGGUCUUCACUUUUGGCGUAAUAAGAGGGGCAGGAUUUGGUGUGAUGAUUCCAGUUAGUUUUACGGCUUUCAAUUGCUACUUCACUAAAAAACGGACAGCAAUGAUGAGUGCCAAUCAAACAAUGAGCAGUCUCGCUUCUAUUACAUUCCCAAUUCUAGUCACAUUCCUCCUCGAUGAGUACGGCUUCAGAUGGAGUCUCGCUCUCAUAAUGGCUGUAGAUCUUCAUCUGUUAUUCGCUAUGUUAGUCAUGCAUCCAGUUGAAUGGCACAUGAUCAAAUCCGUGGAUGGUCCAAAACCAGACCCAUUAAAUUGUGAUGUCCUCGACGGUAAAACUGUUAAAGUAGAAAACUAUGAUGAAACAAUCGUCAAAAUGUUGCCAGGUGAUGAUGGAGUUGUUGAAAUAAAAGCGACGACCCCGACUAGACAUGAAUCCAUUCAAAAGAGCAUAAUAAAAAUUGUUUACGAUAACGUGGAAUUAGAUUUACUAAGAGAUCCGAGAUUCGUGAGUACACUGGUCGGUCUGGGAUUUGCUUUCGUUUCGGAUGUAACCUACUUAGCUAUGGAGCCAAUGUUAUUAUUUUCUUAUGGAUAUACCAAGAUGCAAGUUGCUACGUGUGUUAUGGUGGGUGCGAUAGCCGAUCUUAUUGCAAGAUUUUCAUUAGCAAUAUUUACGUAUUUCUACACAGUCGACAGCCGUAAAAUAUUCUUCUGUGGGACAUGCCUUACAAUAUUUCUACGAAUAGCGUUGGUGUGUUCAAGUGAGAUAUGGUACGUGUUUACCAUAACUGUAAUAUCGGGGCUGAUCAGGUGCUCCGUGCAAGUGUUGUUCCCGCUGGUGUUGGUAACUGCAGCACCGGACAGGUUCCCCGCCGCAUUGGCACUGCAUAUCAUAUUCUCUGGGUUCCUGAUGCUUAUUGCGGAUCCAUUAAUUGGUCUGAUAUUUGAAGCUACGGGCACCUACCUCUACUGUUUCUUAGCAAUGAGUGUUUGUUGUUUAAUUUGCGUUGUACUAUGGUCUAUAGAAUAUAUUGUGUAUCGUAAAAAAUCUAGUUGAAUUGCAAUAACAUUAUUGGUUAAAUAAUAUUGAUAAUAAUUUAAAUUUUAAGUACAAAUAAUAUUAGGAAAUAAAAAUAUGUUUAUUCAGCUUUUCCUAAAGUAAUGCAAAACUUAUUGAGGCCAGUAGAUAAUUUGCGUCAUACAUUAAUUAGAAUGUUUUUACAUACGUGAUGAAUUUGCAUUUAAUGUUCCUAAAAAUUGACAUUAUAUGUAAGCACCAAACGUAUAGUACAGAUUAAUACUUUUAAUUAAGUAGGUAAAGUCCCACAAACUUAACAUGAACACGUAAAAAAUUAUAGAUAUUGAAAGAAUUAAACGGGACUUUAAUAUGUUUAUUCAAUUAACUAUUUACUAAUAUGCAUUAAUUAAAAAAAAAUGCGUAAAAUUUUACCUAUAUUCAAUAGAAAUGAGAAAUUAUGACAAACUAUCCAUAAGUCCUCGAGUGGCGGCCGCGGACGGGUCGACCCAGCGUAGGUAGGCCUCCCGCACGAUGGACCGAUGCCCUGGUCAAGGUUGCGGGAGUGCACUGGAUGCGGGCGGCACAGGACCGGGCAUUGUGGCAAUCGAUGGGGGACCCUACGUCCAGCAGUGGACAAGCUUAGGUUGAAUAUGAUGACAAACUAUCAAACCAUUUUAUAAGGCUGUAAUUAUAGACUUCAGUUAUCAAUUUAUACACCAAAAAUCCAUAGACAAUAAAUUACAAUGCCAUCCAAUAAAAUGUGUAAAUGUAAUUUUUUAUUUUCAUUGCAUUCGACUUUAUACAUAUUUACCUCGAUAAACUGCCAUGUAAUAUAUAAAAAAAUAUUAUUCUAUAUUAUUUCUACGAUAGUGUAGAUUGAAAGUAAUUAUAAGAAACAAAACAUUAUCGGUCAACUAUUAUUAUAAUAUAUUGAACUAGCUGUCGCCCG